AUGGAGGAUGGGGUGGCGGCGGACGGGAAGAGCGUGCUGCAGGGGCGGUACGAGCUGGGGCGGGUGCUGGGGCACGGCAACUUCGGGCGGGUGCACGCGGCGAGGGACCUGCGCACUGGCCGCGGCGUCGCGGUCAAGGUGGUGGCCAAGGACAAGCUGGAGCGCGCGGGCAUGGCGGAGCAGAUCAAGCGGGAGAUCGCCGUCAUGAAGAUGGUGUCCCACCCCAACAUCGUGGAGCUGCACGAGGUGAUGGCCACCCGCUCCAAGAUCUACCUCGCGCUCGAGCUCGUCCGCGGCGGGGAGCUCUUCUCCCGCAUCGCGCGCGAGGGGCGGGUCCGGGAGGACGUCGCGCGCCGUUACUUCCGCCAGCUCGUCUCCGCGGUCGACUUCUGCCACGGCCGCGGGGUGUUCCACCGGGACCUCAAGCUCGAGAACCUGCUCCUCGACGAGGCAGGCAACCUCAAAGUAGCGGACUUCGGGCUCAGCGCGCUCGCCGGGCACGCACGCUCCGACGGGCUACUCCACACCGCCUGCGGCACGCCAUCGUACGUUGCCCCCGAGGUGUUUGGCGGGAAGGGCUACGACGGCGCCAAGGCGGACCUCUGGUCCUGUGGCGUCAUCCUCUACGUGCUCCUCGUCGGCAGUUUGCCGUUCCACGAGGACAACCUCAUGGUCAUGUACCGGAAGAUGCAGCGCGGCGAGUUCCUCCGCCCGCCGUGGGUCUCAGCGGACGCCCGGAAGCUCAUCGGCGGGCUGCUCGACCCCAACCCGAGCACGCGCAUCACCGUGGCUCGCCUCGUCGAGACGCCGUGGUACCAGAAGCCGUUGCCCGUCCUGCCGCCCCUCAACCUCAAGGAGCCCGCACCCGGGGCAACCCCGGACGCGCGCCGCGCCAGCUCUGACGACAAGUUAGAGCCCGAGGUGCUGAACGCGUUCCACCUCAUCUCUCUCUCGGAGGGCUUCGACCUGUCCCCGCUCUUCGACCAGGGCCGCGGCGUAGGGAGGCCCAGCGCGGGCGGCGUCCGUUUCGUGACGCGUGAGGCCGCCAGCAGCGUGGUCUCCCGUCUGGAGUCGUUGGUCACCGGCCGCGGAGCCAACAUGCGCGUGACAAAGAGCGGAUCGCGGGGCGUGCGUCUGGAGGCCGCGUCGCGCGGGCGCACGGGGGCGCGGCUGGCAGUGGCCGCGGAGCUCUUCAGCGUGGCGCCGUCGGUGCUCCUGGUGGACGUGAAGAAGGACGGUGGCGACACCAUGGAGUACCGGUCGUUCUGCAGCGAGGAGCUCCGGCCGGCGCUCAAGGACAUCGUCUGGGCCUCCGGCGAGGACACUCCGCGCGCCGCUUGA